UUAAUAUGUAAUGGAUUCUAAAAUCAAUAGUAUCAAUACGGAUGAAGAAGCUGUUAAUAAGAAAGAAAAUGCCCAGCUUCCCCCAACUGUAUAACAACCUACGGGCGAAACUUUGUGAAAUUGAACCUGAACAAUAUCUAGAGCUAAAACAUUUAUUCACAAAAAGUAAGAAAAAAGUGAAGACGCAGGUUUUAUCAGAACCUCAACCAAGACCGCGCUACCCGAUUGAAAUCCAUUGGGUGCCAGAAAUUUUACAUUUUGAUAUCAAAGACAAACCGGUGCUUAGGAAACUGUUGAUCUGCAACCGCAGUGAACGUAUCAUCUAUCUACAGGUGUGUGGGAUACGGGGGACGACUGCUGGCAUGACCUGGUCCUGCUGCCCCCGUCGCAGGAUCCUGCUAGCACCUGGUCUUUAUGCCCAGAUCUUCAUUACAGCCACACCACGCCAACCCUCCACGCCCAGGGAAGAAUUCGCUACGUUAGAUAUAGCAGCUGGGCACAAAAGGGAUUUUGUCAUUGGAUACUUCACUAUUUGCAUGCAAAUUGAAUGUGCAUAAGUCUGAAAUUCGAAUUGAUGACACAUGUUAUGUAACAGAGAAUUUAUCAAUAAAGACACUGUGGAAGUUG